AUGUCCUCUAUACCACCAAACGAAGAUCUUGAAGUAAAAUGUCAACAAGGCGCAAAACGUCUUUGCCAGGGUACCAAUAUUAGUCUGGGUGUCAAUUUUGAGAAUGCUGAGAGAGAUAUGGAACUGCGUCACGUCCGACGUAAGGUCCCAGCUGUCCAGCGUAAUGAACCUUAUCAUAAGCAGACAGCUCGCGCUGCUUUGCACACUGGAGCGGUCAUGAAGAAGGCUCGUUAUGCAGCUGAGGACAGCAGGCUCUGGCAAGAUCAGUUGGAAAACUCGGCAUCCCGUAGUGGUGACAACAGGCCUUUCUCCUUAAUUGCAACUUCCAAUACAACAGAGAGUAUUUCCAAAGGUCGAGCCGAGACGUUCCUACCAAAGGUCAGAAGUUAUUUGAACCCCCAUACGAAAUCUGCAGACAUCGAACAGCCAUCUUGGAAGAAGUUUUCAAACCGAAACCAGGGCUGUAAUACGAUUUCAUCGACCAUGGUUCACACUCAAAACAUACCUUGCCAUCCGUUGACUCUGUCCAGAAGAAUCAAGAUUGAUGAUUUGCUGGGUUCAUCUAUCAGUCCUACUAAGCAUGUACCUCUACACCCGCCGCAAUCUGCUAUUUAUACUACGUCAAGUGGUCAGAAAAGCAGAGAUUCAAGCCUAGGGAACCUGCAGGAUGAGGCACCAGCCCCUCAAUCCGACACAAGGGGCUUGAUACCUUCCAAAAGAACAUCCUCAGACACUGUACCCCUCGAGGGAAAAUCUGAGCGUCAUGACCGAGCAAGCGUAACUCCUGGACCAGCUUCGGCUCGCGGCCCCCAGGUCAAAUCUAUGUCUAACCCGAGAGAGAAGAAGCCCAUCUUGGAUGGAGGUCUUGUUGCUGAACAGCUCAAUAUCAAGGGAAAGCUCCUAUUCCCACACCCACAAUGGCAGACCCCCAACCAAUGGGUUUCGCUUUCCAUCGAUACUCUCCUUACGCGCACCCCUCCCGAAUUCUUUUGCUUCUACUCGCAGAUUGCUGGGGCUGGUGAGAUUUCAGUACUCUCAUUCAAUUUCCCCGAUGUGACUUGGCAACGACUCCAGUGGAACAUUUCUCGGAGCGACUCUAACGCCUUUUACGCUCUAAAGAGAGCGGUUUGGGAUACCUUUUGCCUAUCAAUGAUAUGGUUUCCAGGGACUGCGGUCUUCAGGGUGACCGCCGAAGCUGUUGGUGGGGAAGGACUGGGCAAAGCGCCAUCCACGACGAAGACGCCUGCUCAUGAUACUGGAUCUAGCAAAGGAUCCAAGCCGCUGAGGGCGCUCAUGACUAAAAGGAUAGCAGUUUCAAGCAGCACAGAGUCGGUAAAUCUCUCACCAUCCGCCCCUAACCUGCCUGGACCUAUCACCCGAUCACCUUGGCAUGAACGUCCACGGCAAACACCGAUCUCUCCGGGCAAGAUCGCCGAGGCAGAAGACGCAGCAUGCAGCUGCAAACGCUGAACUAGGGUAGAUGUAUUUAGC